AUGAACUAAAUAGCUAAAUCCGGUUAUAAUAAACCAACUCUAAUUUAAAUGAUUGCUAUUCGCAUUAUUUUGUAAAAGAAGAAUCUAAUUGCACCUAAAGGGUCGGCUAAGACUUGUGCCUUUGCUUUGCCUACUUUACAUAAUUUAGAAAGUCAUAAAGAAGGAAGACCAAGAUGUUUAGUUUUUGCUCCAGCUUAAGAAUUGGCGGAUCUAUUAUAUAAAGAAUUCAAUAAAUUUAAUAAAGAAUUCAAGAUUAAGCAAUUAUAAGAAAUGAUUCGAGAAAAGGUAGGCAUUUAAAUAUGCAUCGAAUCAUCUUGA